UCAGGUACGGAUGCCACAAUGCCAGCCUGGGUUUGGUGAGGCCUGGAGUAUGAUCAAAAUUUUGGGAACGCAGUGACAGGUGCAGACACCUCUCGGAGUGUGAUUCCCAACUUCCUGUCUUAAUGCAAAUCUCAAGAACACGAGCCAUGUCACCAAACCACUGCUCACGGCUGUUCGCUGAACCUGACACAUUCUACUCCCCAGUCCUGCAGAUCCAUCACUUCUGGAGAAGGACAGAUGCAAGGGUGCGUUUGGGACUGCCUUCAUGCUCCCCGAUGUGCCCCAGAGAGCAAGGCAGGGAAGGCCACAAGACCACGAUGCCAAAGCAGACAGAAGACCUUCAGAAAUCUGGGUAGAGACUGAGGUGAGGAGAACCAGGAUGUGUUCUGCCUUGAGGAUCUCUCCUUGCACAAAGUCUUGGUGGAGGUGGGAUAUGUGAGAUGGCUUAAUCUUCCAUGACAAGAGCUGACAAGAAGCAGAGAUGAGAAUCAUUCAGUCCUACCACAGGCAGGAUGCCUCCUACCAAGCAGGAGCAACCAACCGCUCACCCUUAUGCAGUACCAGGGCUGCAUUUUGUGGAGAAGCACUGAGAGCAACGGAUCCAGAAGAGCCAUCAUCUACACAAAAGGCUCUGUUUUAAUUCCGAAGAACAAGGAGCGUGUAAUAAUAUAUGUGUAAUACUGUAAUAUAUGCGUAAUAAAAUAUGUGUAAUACUGAAAGAAGAGGGGAGAUACAGGUUGGGUGUUGGGAGGCAAUUGUUGAUUCUGUUGAGGGUGGGGACGCACUGGAACAGGUUGCCCCGGGACGCCGCCAUGUUGCUUGGGGGCCUGGGACCCACUCCGCCCUGGAGGGGGUAGGCGUGAUGUCACAGUGGGUGGCGGGGAGCAGGCAUUGUGACGCGCGGGGCUGGGAGCAGAGCAAAGGCUGCCGGGCUCAGAGCGUGUGUCAGUGCGGCCUGGCGAGGUGCAGAGAGAGCAGGGACUCUCCAAGUGCUCACCGCCGAUGCGCAACAUGUCCAGUAGGAAGCGGAAGUCCCCCGACUCCGGGGAGCAAGCGUGCGUGCUGUGUCGCCGCGCGGAUGUCAACCCGGACAUCUGCGGGCGCACCUUUGCCGAGAGUGACCUCUGUGUGCAUGAGUUCUGCUUGCUUUUUGCCAACAUCCGCUUUGAGGAAAGCGCCCCCUGGGAGGAAACUGUGGGCCUCCCGGUUGGUACCAUCAGGUGCAGAAUCAAGCAGGCAGACCAGAAGCAAUGCUUUGUUUGUGGCGAGAGAGGAGCCGCCAUCAGCUGCGCAGAGAGAGGCUGUGCACGCAGCUUCCACCUGCCCUGCGCCGUGGACGGCGAAUGUGUCACCCAGUUCUUUGGGCAGCACAGGUCCUUCUGCCGCGAGCACCGCCCGCGACAGGCAGUGGAGGCAGCUCCAUCCCAAGGCACCGACUGCGUCAUCUGCCUGGAGCCCAUGGGGGACAGCACGUCCUACCAGACCCUGAGGUGCCCAGCGUGCAAGCACACCUGGUUCCACCGCAGCUGCGUCCAGGGGCAGGCCAUGAACGCCGGCACUAUGUGCUUCCAGUGCCCCAUUUGUCAAGACACGGAGCAGUUCCGUGCAGAAAUGUCCACUCUGGGGAUCCAAAUCCCAGUCAGGAGACCGUCUUGGUGGGAUGACAGGACCUACCCAUCGCUUCUACGGAGGCACGGGCGCUGCGAUGUCAGCACGUGCCUUUACCCAGGAGGCAGGGAGCAGGAAGAGGCGGAUGGGCCCUGGCAGCUGCUCCUCUGCAGCUCCUGUGCUGCAGAAGGGACCCACCGACGGUGCUCCUACCUGAGCAACAGAGUUAACAGCUGGGAGUGUAACAGCUGUGCUGGCGUGGGCACCGCCUCCAGCAGCAACACGGAGCGCGCCGGCCCCAGUACUUCCAGCCAAGGGGCUCUGGAGCCUCCCCGUGGCUCCCAGGGACUGGAGAACAUCAGCUCCGGCCCCAGCAGCCAGGCAGCAUCGGGCCUACCGCAGAGAUCCCAGCUGCCUGAGAACAGCCACCUGCCCAGUGAGCCUGGGACACGGCAGAGGACAGUCCGCCCACGCCUCCCUGCGGAUCACGAGGCAUCUCGACACCGCGGGAGCGGCCGUACAACAGCCCCACGCACCAGCAGCGGCUCCCGCAGGUCCACCCAACAGAGGGCAUCGCGGCCCUCCGCAGAUUCCCCGGUGGCUGCGCCCAGGAGGGGUCCCAGGCAGCAGGGGACGGGCCGGGUACGAAGCCGCUCCCCGCUACAAGAUCGGGCCUCGCGUUCCCAGAGCCGGCCCAGAAGAAGCCGUGGCAGCAGACAAACGCCACGCCAAGCUGCACGGAGCAGCACACUCUGCUCGGCCACCCCAGUGACAUCGAGGCCCUCGAGGGGUUCCCCGCAGCCGGGACACAGAAGAGCCUCCAGGCAGCAAGGGAGGGCCCACACAUGAAGCCCUUCCACAGCGGGACGUCAGGCUGCGACUUCCCACAGAGACCCGAGCACACCGCGGCAGCCGGUCCCAACAGCGGCGGCCAGCCUGGGCACAAAGCUGCUCCCAGGUCGGUCCAUCAGCAGAACCAUAAUCUCCACAGCCCGACCCUCAGUGUGCAUAGGAACAGCCGUGUGCCAAUGACACCUGCUCAACUUGGUCAACAUCAGCCAAGACAAUAAAUCCCACACUCAUUUACACCA